AUGGAGCCUCUGGAGACCCCCGUCAAGGACGGCGUCCUCUACCAGCAGCACAUCAAGUUCGGCAAGAAGUGCUGGCGGAAGGUAUGGGGUCUACUCUAUGCAGGAGGCCCCUCGGGCGUGGCCCGGCUAGAGAGCUGGGAGGUCCGGGAUGGUGGCCUGGGGCCAGCAGGUGACAGGUCUGCGGGGCCUGGCCGGCGGGGAGAACGGCGGAUCAUCCGCCUGGCUGACUGCGUGUCCGUGCUACCGGCUGAUGGUGAGAGCUGCCCCCGGGACACUGGUGCCUUCCUGCUCACCACCACGGAGCGAAGCCACCUGCUGGCUGCAGAACACCGCCAGGCAUGGAUGGGCCCCAUCUGUCAGCUGGCCUUCCCGGGCACAGGGGAGAGUUCCUCGGGAUCUGGGGAGGUGGAGGCUCGGCAGAGGAGCCUAGUCCCCAUGGAGGAGAACUCAAUCUACUCUUCCUGGCAGGAAGUGGGCGAGUUCCCGGUGGUGGUGCAGAGGACGGAGGCAGCCACCCGCUGCCAGCUGAAGGGGCCCUACCUCCUGCGGCUGGGACAGGACGCUCUCCAGCUGAGCGAACCGGCCAGCCCGCAGGUGCUCUACACCUGGCCCUACUGCUUCCUGCGAAAGUUCGGCGCCGACAAGGGCGUGUUCUCCUUUGAAGCCGGCCGCCGCUGCGACUCGGGCGAGGGCCUCUUCGCCUUCAGCAGCGCCCGCGCCCGCGACCUGUGUGGAGCCUUGGCUGCAGCCAUCGCCCGCCAGCGGGAGCGGCUUCCGGGGCCCCGGCCCUGCCCUCUGCCGCGGGCCACCUCACUGCCCUCGCUGGAGCCUCCAGGCGAGCUGCGGGAGGGGCCCCCGCGGCCUGAGACGCCCGGCUCGCGGAAGAUAAGCGCGGCCGAGCCCGGGCCACAGAGUCUACCGCCGCUACUGGGCCCCGCGGUCUCCGAGGAGCCGCCGGCAUUGCUCUACGCGUCAGUGUGCAAGAGGGCCAGCGGGCCCCCGAGCGCCGCCGCCGAACACCUCUACGAGAACUUGUUCGCGCCCGACGCCGGCUGCCGGGAGCUGGUGCAAGAGGGCCCGGGCGGCGGCAGCCCCCCGGCCAGCCCCAUCUACCACAACAGCCAGGACCUGGGCUGGCCCGGCGCGGCCCACGACAGCAGCCUGGAGGGCCAGUACCGGCGGUUGCUGGAGCUGGAGCUGGCGGAUAACGGCGACGAGGCCGCGGGGUCUGGCCGCCCUGGCGCGCACUCAGGCUUCAAGGCCAAGCUGGUGACGUUGCUGAGCCGAGAGCGGAAGAAGGGCCCGGUACCCUGCGACCGGCCCUGA